GGUGUUUGAACAGAUUCCCAGACAGAGCUCUGCCUCCCGCAGCACAGCCUGCGUGCAGGAUGCUGGCAGGUGGCACCUCGGCAGCUGAACGGUGUCACCAGCGCACACAAACACGCGAGACCGUCCCCGGCCCCGCUGCGAGGGGAGCUCUGUGCAGCCAGCAGCGCUUACCUGGCUCUGCAAAGGGCGGCCCACACGGCUCGUUCCAGUGCGCCGAGCUGGGACUGGGAGGGAACGAAAUAAGUGAAACUUUCCGUAAACAGUCAUUGGAGGAACUUUCUCAGUUCACUUAGGAAUAAUAAUUCUCGUGUGUGAGACAGAGAGGAAGGCAGCAGAUAUUCAUGCAUAUAGACACAUGCACUGCACUUACACAUUCACAUCCCUCACUGCCAAAACGCUCAGGAAGUUGUGGAAUAAUUUGGUUGUUAACUAUAAACAUUUUUUUAAGGAAGAAAAAGAAAAUCUAUUGAGCUUUCUAUCAGACGAUUUACAGAGGGAUGUGCAGUUGCCCUCAUGUGCGUCGGCUUCUUUGGGGGUCACACUCUAUUCCAGAGAGACAGAACGUGUAAUUUUAUGAAGUGUAACAUUUCCAAACAUAACGCAUCAAAUCGAUGGCUAUACAGACUCCAUCCACAAAGACUCAGCACAAGAGGCUCAGCCCUAAGCUCGCUCUUCUCGCAGUUUUAAAACAAGCUGGGCACUGCUUACUGUCCUUCUUUGGUGUAUAUUUUCACUGCUCAUACCAUUGCUCUCCACCAAAACUCCACCAAUUGCCCGAGACACCUCUUUCGUCCGCAGCUCGAGUGGAGACAGCGGCUGAGCCGCGUGUUGAUGUUUCGCCUCUUACUCACUGCGAACAAGGCAGGGAGCGGCGUGCGCCGAAGUGCCCGUGUGGCUGCUCUCACCCGCUAUUCGCACCGGUUCACUGCUCCCCGGGGGUCAGUCCCGGGCACCGAACGGCCCCGGCCUCUCUCCUCUCGUCCCAGCACCGGCCCAGCUCUGCCGGUGCCUCCCAUUCGAGCGGGGCAGAGGAGCCGGCGGGGACCUGCAGGUCCUGGCCAGCCGAGUGCCCCCGGACCCGCACAAGGGCCGGGCAGCAGCGAGCCGGGGCCUUUGGAGCCGCCGGCUGCAGGGCAGCGCUGCUCGCGGCCCGGAGCGGCUGUCGGGGGCCCCGGAGCGGCCGGGGCCGGGGGGCGAGCCCGGCAGUCAGGGGGGGCUGGGGGGAGAUCCCCGGCGGCCAGUGCGGGGCUGGGGGUCUCGCCGGGCCCGGGCAGCCCCCGCCGGCACGGGCGGCCCGCGGGAGCCCCGCCGAGGCGCCGGCCGGUCCGGGCGCGCAGAGCGUGGCGGCACCGCCCGGCACCCGCUGCCCUCUGUGCCAGGGCACAGCCUCCCCCCUGCCCCGCGCCUCGGCGGCACCCAUCGAAAUGCGGGAACUACUUCGCUUUCUCCCGGCGAAGAACAAAGAAGCAGCAGCUUUCAUUAAGGCUGGACCAGAGGAAUACGGAUCUGACAAGUUUGUUUAA